AAACGUUUUCAUCUGUGAGAGGUAGGAGAAAGAGAGAGAGAGAGAGAGAGAGAGAACUUUUUCAUCUGUGGGAGGAAGGAGAGAGAGACAGAGGAAUUUAAUCUGUGGGAAGUAGUGUAGUGUAAUUACAGAGUGUAUAGCAGACCUGUUCCACUCUGUACCAAUCCUGCCACAUCACUAUGGAUGCAACGGAAUACAAGACGUUUUUAACCGUUUUUACCCUCUUCAAUGUCCUGUCGAUAUGCUGGUGUGCCCCUCAACAGUUCUGCGAGCCUGGAGAGGACGCUUCGGGAAGAUGCAACAACGGUCCAGAUGAAGAAAAACCAGUGUGUUCAGAGAUUAACCUGGGUUACUGCAACGACCUGGACUACUCCAGGACCAUCUUCCCUAACAUUCUAGGUCAGCGGUCUCGUCAUGAGGUGGAGUCUGGAGCUGAGUACCUCCUCCUCUCUGUGAUCCAUGGUCUCCUCAACGGGGAGUGUUCCCCUGACAUCCGUCUGCUGGGGUGCUCCGUCCUCGCCCCGCGCUGCCAAGACCUACCCAACCCCGCACCCUCAUGCCGCAGUACAUGUGAGGCGGUGAGGAAGGGGUGUGGCCACGCCUUCGAGGGCAUCGACAUGGCGUGGCCUUACUUCCUAGACUGUGACCGAUUCUUCGCCAGCGAACAGGAAGGCUGUCACGACCCGCUGGCGCCCGUUAAGAGACAGGAAGUGGCUUUCUCCAACCUGUCUCCAGACGAACCUUCCACCAUCAUUCAGUUCACAUACCACUCCAACGCCCAGAUGUACAGCGUUCUGAAGAGGACUGCUGCCAAGUGCUCUCACAUCUCCCGCACCUACAGUAUCGGACGCAGCACAGAGGGGAAAGACCUCCUGGCCAUAGAGUUCACAGACAACCCCGGAGGGCACGAACUGCUGGAACCAGAGAUCAAGUUGGUUGGCAACAUGCAUGGCAACGAGGUCCUGGGUCGUCAGUUGCUGCUCUACCUGGCCCAGUACCUGUGUUCCGAGUAUCUCCUUGGCAACCAGCGUAUCCAGACGCUCGUAAACACCACGCGCAUCCACAUCCUGGCAUCCAUGAACCCCGACGGUUACGAGCUGGCGGCCGCCGAGGGUCACGAGCUCAACGGUUGGACUGUGGGUCGCACCAACGCUCAGAACCUAGACUUGAACCGGAACUUUCCUGACCUGACGUCUAUUCUCUACCGGAAUCGUAGGAUCAAACGGUUCCGCACCGACCACAUCCCCAUCCCAGACUCUUACUGGUUUGGUAAGGUAGCUUCAGAGACCUAUGCAGUGAUGAAGUGGAUCAGGUCUGUGCCGUUUGUCCAGUCUGCUAGCCUCCAUGGAGGAGAGCUGGUGAUCUCUUAUCCCUUUGACUUCUCUAGACACCUCUAUGAAGAGAGGAUGUUCUCCCCUACACCUGAUGAACAGGCGUUUAAGCAGCUGGCCCGGACGUACGCAGACUCUCACGCCAGCAUGGCCGACAACAACACAGAGAGGUGUGGAGCGUCCUUCAUCAGGAGCGGAGGCAUCAUCAACGGAGCUCUGUGGUACAGCUUCCCAGGGGGCAUGUCAGACUUUAACUACCUCCACACUAACUGUCUGGAGAUUACGGUGGAGCUGGGCUGUGACAAGUUUCCUUCUGAAGAGGAGCUCUACCCAGAGUGGCUCAGGAACAAGGAGGCCCUGCUCAGUUUCAUGGAGUCGGUCCACAGAGGUAUUAAGGGAGUGGUGAAGGAUGAGGAGGGCUAUGGAAUAAAGGGAGCGUCCAUAUCUGUCAGGGGAAUACGUAAAGAUGUCACCACAGCGGAGGAUGGUGAUUACUGGAGGUUAAUGAACUCAGGAACACACAUCAUAACAGCAUCAGCUAAAGGUUACUCCAAGGUCAGCAAGAGAAUUUACCUGCCUGCUCACCUGGAAAAAGCUGGGCGGGUCGACUUCCUGCUCAAAAAGGUCCCUGUACAGCCAGUACGACCAGACUACCACCUGUUCCUCAGCUCCUCCCUGGACACUUACGAGCGCUUCGACCCUUACAACCAGUUCCAGAGCUACGGCCGCUCCGAGCCGGGAGAACCGAGAGAACCCAGGGAACCGGGGAUGGGAGGAGAACCGGGGAUGGGAGGAGAGUGGCAGGAGAAGCCCUGGUGGUGGAACUACUUUACUCAGGCAGGGGUCUCUGCUCCCACCUGGCUGCUACGGAACAUCUAGAAGACUGGACAGGAUAAAGACUGAAAUGGCACACUAUUCCCUUAUUUUGUGCACUACAUUUGACCAAAGCCCAUAGAGCAGGAGGCUUCUUUGUAGUUUGCAUCCCAAAUGGCACCCUAUUCUCUAUAUAGUGGACCCUAUUCCCUAUAUAGUGGACCCUAUUCCCUAUAUAGUGCACCCUAUUCCCUAUAUAGUGCACCCUAUUCCCUAUAUAGUGCACCCUAUUCCCUAUAUAGUGCACCCUGUUCCCUAUAUAGUCAAAAGUAGUGCGCUAUAAAGGGAAUGGGUGCCAUGUGGAAUGUCUCCUACAAGCAGAGGCAUGAAUUGGUUCUCAAUAUUUUUUGGUUUCUGUCCCCCAUCGCAUUUAGCUCUGGCCGGAGUACCACCAACGUUCCCCUCAUGUUACCAGAAGGCCUAUGUUCUGAUUAGUCUUCCUGUGUAGAUAGGACAGGUACCCCGUCCACCAGGGGAACACCUACCUCCAAUAUGGACAGGAAUCUGAUCAAGACUCUGGGACCCCAUUAACAUAUUGGGUGUUCUAUUUAGAAUGUUUCAUUAAGACGUUCUGAUCACAACAUUCCUCCUCUGAGUUCUGUCUUCCUCAGUGUUCUAUUUAGAAUGUUUCAUUAAGACGUUCUGAUCACAACAUUCCUCCUCUGAGUUCUGUCUUCCUCAGUGUUCUAUUUAGAAUGUUUCAUUAAGACGUUCUGAUCACAACAUUCCUCCUCUGAGUUCUGUCUUCCUCAGUGUUCUAUUUAGAAUGUUUCAUUAAGACGUUCUGAUCACAACAUUCCUCCUCUGAGUUCUGUCUUCCUCAGUGUUCUAUUUAGAAUGUUUCAUUAAGACGUUCUGAUCACAACAUUCCUCCUCUGAGUUCUGUCUUCCUCAGUGUUCUAUUUAGAAUGUUUCAUUAAGACGUUCUGAUCACAACAUUCCUCCUCUGAGUUCUGUCUUCCUCAGUGUUCUAUUUAGAAUGUUUCAUUAAGACGUUCUGAUCACAACAUUCCUCCUCUGAGUUCUGUCUUCCUCAGUGUUCUAUUUAGAAUGUUUCAUUAAGACGUUCUGAUCACAACAUUC